GACGUCAGUAUCCUUCUUCACAUGCUCCAGCGUUCACCUAAUAGCAAACAUGAACAGCUCUCGUUCCUGUCCAUCUCUUAACGAGCACUCCCGCAUUCCUCCCUCAACCCUUCUUCAUUACCCUCGACCUUCAUCCUGCCACUCGGUUUAUCCCUGGAAGCCUGUAGCCCAGAGAGAAUUACCAUCAACCUUUCAUUUGCUCGACGGCUUUCCUCCUCAACACUGUGAUGGGCUCGCUAUCAAGGAUGUACAACCCGUUGUUUCAUCCGUUUCUAUUUCUUUACCAGUUGAUGCAAUGGUGCCUGGAUAAGGCCUUGUCUCCCACGCCACCAGAUCCGACUGCCAGGCUGCAUAGACCCAAGGUUGCGGUCAUCGGAGCGGGCAUCACUGGCGUAACCGCUGCUGCUCACUGUAUCGGUCAUGGCUUCGAUGUGGUCGUCUUCGAGGCCGGACCAAAGUCCAACCUAGGAGGAAUAUGGAGCAAAGUCAACAACACGUCCAGGCUGCAAAUCCACUCCUUGAUGUAUCGUUUCCAUCCAUCCGUCAAGUGGGAGCAAGGGUACCCAGACCGACAGCAGAUCCUCAGCCAGCUGGAGCAGCUCUGGGAGCGGUACGGCCUCGACUCGCGGACCCGAUUCGAGACUCCCGUCGAAAAGGUCUACCAGGACGAGAGAGGGCGCUGGAUCGUCAACAACACAUCCAACGGACGCUUCGAGGGGAUCAUCGCUGCGGUAGGGACGUGCGGCGAGCCCAAAAUGCCGCCGCUCGAGGGCAUCGAAACGUUCAAGGGUCCCGUUUACCACUCCAGCCAAUUGUCGGGCAAGGAUGGCCACGGAAAGAAGAUCGUCGUCGUCGGCGGCAGCGCCAGCGCCGUGGAGGCCCUCGAGUGGGCUGCCGCCGAAAACGCCGAGAAGACCUACAUCCUCUCGCGCAGCGACAAGUGGAUUAUCCCCCGCAACGCCGUCGUCGACAUGCUGCUCUCGCUCAACAUCCGCGGCCAGCAGACCAUCUUCUCGUGGAUCCCCGAGGGCCUGCUGCGGCGUUUCUUUUACCGCGACCUGGAAGACAUGGCGCCUGCGAAGAAAGGCAUCUUCACCGACACUCCCAUGGUGAACAGCGACGUCCUGGACAAGGUUCGAGAAGGCAAGGCCGACUGGGUGCGUGGUGACGUCCAGAGCUUCACGCCGGAGGGCGUCAUCGUGAACCGGCGAGGCAGAGGUGUUCCCGAGAACGGACCGGGCAAAACGGAGGUCAUACCCGCCGAUAUCGUCGUCAUGGCCACGGGAUAUAAGCGACCUUCUCUCGCAUUCUUGCCUGACGACUGCUUUGAGCCGCCGUAUGAUCCGCCCAACUGGUAUCUGCAGACUUUCCCACCAACUCAUCCAUCCAUUUCCGCCAUCAAUUGCACGUACGUCAACGCCAUUGGGACGGCCGGUAACUGGCACAUCGGCAUCUACACUCGCAUCCUCCUCAUGUUCCUAGUCGACCCACUGACACGACCGCGUCCCUUCUGGAUGCGCACCUGGAUCGACUUCACCCGUCUCCUGAAGAAGGGAUCUCCCACGGCGGCCUUCGACUUCUUCACCUACCUCGAGCUGCUGUGGUGGUUCGUCUUCUGCGUCGCCAUCAACCCGUUCCGGUGGAAGUGGGCUCUCUUCGUCUUCUUCGGCCUGGGGUUCGCCCUGCCCAAGUAUAUCGUCGAUGCUGAAUCGAGCUUGAAGAACGGGGAGAGCAAGCAUGAAGCGCAUGGACGGGAUGUUGGCCGCAGCUUUUAA